CCCGCAUUCUAUUAGAACAGUUCGGCAGCGAUAGGACAACAUCAGAAUGCGUGCAUUUAUCUUCUUAUGCUUUGUGGCGGUCGCCAGCGCCGGCCGCUUGUCCGGCUACAACUACGGACAGGGAACUAGCGGUGGAGCUAUCGGUGGCGGCAUUGGCAGUGGCAUUGUCGGAGUCAGCAAGGGACUAGGAGGCCCAGUCAGCUAUAAUGCCGCUCCCCAGGCCGGAGUGACCAAGGAGUUCUACAGCUUCUACGCCAACGAGGCUGACUUUGAGGAUCCCGAUGCCCAGAGGAAGAUCGCCGCCUCUCUGAAGAAGAGCGUGCGCGUCAUCUUUAUCAAGGGACCUGAGAACCGCGGCUACGAGAACGCUGUCCUCGCCUUGGCUAAGCAGGCCGCCGAGCAGCAGACCGCCAUCUACGUCCUGCACAAGCAAACGGACAUCAACGAGCUGGCCAACAAGUUCAAUGCCGUUCGCCAGAACGCCAACCAGAAGCCCGAGGUGCACUUCGUCAAGUACCGCACGCCCGAGGACGCUGCCAACGCCCAGCGAGCUAUCCAGUCGCAGUACGACAACCUGGGUGGAUCCUCGCAGUCCAUCAACGGAGGAGUCGCCAAAGCCCUGAACUUUGCCUCCCGUGCUCCUGCUCCAGUCCGUGCUGGACAGGUUCAAGCGCCCAACAGCGACUACCUUCCCGCCUCGAUCAUCAAUCGCCUGCGCCACUGAAAAGCUUUCUAGUCGAUCCAUUUGUUAUAGGUUACUUUCGAAUAAAAAAUCAUAGAGUUUUGUUUUUAAUUUUAAA